UAGAGGGAUGUGUUGGAACUCUUCUGUGUUCUGUGUGCAUGUGUUUAAAACUGAUAUUAUUAGCGGUAUUGUAUUUCAUUAUGGGUAUGGAGCAUGCUAUUUCAUAAGCCUGUAUAUUACACACAACAAUAUUCUCACUCCCUCGGUCCUUUAAACUACUGUGUUACGACCGAUUGGCAUGACAUCUUGCAGGACCGAGGAAUGAACCCCAAUAUUUAGAACAACGUGAUGACUGUACAUUGAACAGGAAAACCCAAACGCUGGACAUUUGCCAUUGUUUUAGUACACUUGAAGACAACAAUGGGGAAAAAGAAGAAAUCGAUCAAAGAACCAUGUGAAGAUGACUAUUCAGGAAUCCCUACUCUGCCUAUAUGGGAGCUGAGCUUUUACCUCGUUGUUCACAUCAGUGUAGUGGCCUAUAUCUGUGCCUGUGUAUACUGGGCAUCCAUAGAACAUGAUGGACUACUCAACAUGUUUGAUUUUGAAGAUGGAUGGAAAAUAAUCGGACGAGAUAAGGAUAUUUCAAACUACGAGUGGCAUUUCUUUUAUGGGUAUUUCUGGAGGAUUAGCCCUUGGUAUGUUGGACACAUGGCAUUGGCCAGAAUCUGCGACUUAAACUUUCAACAUUAUAAGAAGCUGCUGCUGACGGCCUUUUCCCUGGCCAGCCUGACGUUCCUGAUGGGAUGGCCAGUGAUAACACUGUUCCUAUGCCACUGUGCUCUCCUCUAUAUCACCUCAUUUCUUCAGUCUACUACUACAGUUUGGGCUGUCUCCAUCGCUCUGCUCUCUACACUCAACUUUGAACCAUUUGUCUCAUGGAUGAAAGCUUUAAACACUAAUGAUAUUGAAGGAUACAAGAUCUACUUACUGAUGUUCACCCUGGCCCUGCUGCAGCUUAGAUAUACAAGUUUCUGUCUGGAGAAGGUCAAAAGGUCAAAUACACAGUCAAAAAAGGAAGACACAGAUGAGAAUGUAGAGGUGGAGUCACACAUAGCAUUAGGAUAUGGACCUAUAGACAUGUUGUUUUAUGUCUUCUACUUUCCACUCUUUUUCACUGGACCAAUCAUGUCCUACACAGUAUUCUCAUCUCAGCUGUGCCAGCAGAGGAAGCCCUGGACUUGGACAAGGGUUGCCUCCCUUUGUACAGAUUUGUGUCGUUUACUGCUGUGGGCCUUCAUCAAUGAGUUAUGCUUGCAUUACUUCUACUUCAAUGCUCUACAGCACAAUUCCACUAUAAUGCAAGAGAUCAAUUUAUGGACAAUGGCUGGUAUUGGAUACUGUAGCGGUCAAUUCUUCAUGACAAAGUACACAGUCAUGUUUGGACUACCAUCCAUUGUGGCCAGAACGGAUGACCUUGAACCUCCUAAGGGCCCAAAAUGUAUUUCCUAUAUAUACCUGUACUCUGAUAUGUGGAAAUAUUUUGACCGUGGCAUGUAUGAUUUCAUGAAAAGAUAUAUCUAUGUACCACUUGGCGGAUCAAGAGGUGGUACAAUGCGACAGUUCGCCGGGUCAGUGUUGUGCUUCUCAUUUGUAUACUACUGGCAUGGGUCAGAGUAUUAUGCUUUUCUAUGGACAGUGUUCAACUUCAUCGGGAUCACCAUAGAGGCUCUUGGAAGAAAAUUUAUAGGAUUUCCCAAGGUCAAAGACAUACAGGUAAAAUACCUUACCCCGAGGGGACUGAGACGGAUGCAGGCUCUGGCAAUUGUUCCUCUCUAUGUCAUGUCUGCCUUUACAGCCUUUUGCUUCUUUGGUGGCAGCCUUGUGGGAUACACAUUUUACCAAAGGUUCAUCUAUAAUGGAGGACCAGAAAACUGGGCGGCAGUCUUCGGUCUACUGUACUGCUGUAUACAGGUGGGAAUGGAGGUCAAGAGAAGAGAGCAGGUUCGUCAGCAUACAAAACAGGAUUGAUGAUCAGAUACCAAUACAUUAUACGCUGUCUUGUUGUUAUUAGCACGUCCAACAACAUCCACACAGUCAUCGACUUCGGAUAUCCUUGGACGGCGGUCACCAAAACACACCCGCGCAAUGCCUCUGGGAACCAAGACGUCACAUUGACAUAAUUUUGUGCGACUGCGAAUGAAUACUUAGUGUUUGAGACCUGGGAGGCAGUAUCAUAUUAUGGUCCGCAAAUCUCAUUUUUGAAAUGAGCUUCACCUAUAAUACAUUUACGGUAGCCGUAAUAUCCGUUCUGGGUGAUUACAAAGGUAGACCAUCAGAGAAGUCGCAGGUUGACAAUUUACAAAUUUAUAGACAAAGACCUUUGUUAUAUGUAUUGGUGAUAAUCAUUUUAUGUAAUUGGUGCUUAUUGAAUAUUACAGUCAUGGAUAUAAUUGAGGACUCUGUGGACCCCAGAAGCAUUUUAGUGAAUCUCACUUCGAUGAAAAACUAAUUAUACAGUUUGUGGCUGUAAAAAUGUGAAAUUAUAUAGAUGUAAUCUAUAUUUUCACGCCUUGUUUUUCGUUGUAACUUUGACAUAUUUAUAUAAAUCAAAGAAAUACUUCUGUUAUUUGUGUAUUUAGUAGUUUAACAAAUAUGUGAAUAUCAGAACUAUAUACUGUAAUACAUUAAAGAAAGUCUAUGAAAUAUGACAUAGAAUAA